AGGCGGAGGGCGGGCGCGAACCCGGGACCUCUUACACUAAAGCUUACGAAAAUUACGACUAUAGCAUGUUGAAUUGUUUGAGCAGCGCGCAAAAAUCCACCAUUACCAGCCAAGGAUUUAAAGAAACAUUUUUUAUACGCUCUUCAAAAAACAGCCCUGCAAAGAUGUUUUCCAAGCUGAGUGUUUGUGCGAGCUUGGCUACGCCAGUGCUCAGCCGCCAAGUGCACAUGGUGGUCCGUCCUGCAUCGACGGCUGCCUCAAAGCUUAAGAAUAUGGAGAAAUCCUUAUCUGCAGAUGAGGUGUUUGCUCGGGAGGCAAAAUAUGGUGCCCACAAUUACCACCCGCUGCCUGUGGCUCUGGAGCGUGGUGAAGGAGUUUAUGUGUGGGAUGUUGAAGGCAGAAGGUAUUUUGACUUUCUGAGUGCUUACAGUGCAGUGAAUCAGGGUCACUGCCAUCCAAAGAUCGUUGCGGCUCUGAAUGCACAGGCCACAAGACUUACACUGACCUCGCGAGCAUUUUACAAUGAUGUGCUGGGGGAGUAUGAGGAGUACAUCACUAGUCUCUUCAAAUACAACAAAGUGCUGCCAAUGAAUACAGGUGUAGAAGCUGGAGAAACUGCUUGCAAGCUGGCCCGCAAAUGGGCAUACACUGUCAAGGGAGUUCCAAAGUACAAAGCAAAAAUUAUCUUUGCAAAUGGCAAUUUCUGGGGGAGGACAUUAGCUGCUAUCUCCAGUUCCUCAGAUCCCAGCAGUUAUGAUGGAUUUGGUCCGUUCAUGCCUGGUUUUGAAAUUAUCCCGUACAAUGACAUACCAGCUCUGGAGCGUGCACUUCAGGAUCAGAAUGUUGCAGCAUACAUGGUGGAACCCAUUCAGGGUGAAGCGGGAGUGCUUGUUCCUGAUGAAGGCUACUUGACCAAAGUGAGAGAGCUGUGCACCAGACACAAUGUCCUGUUUAUUGCGGACGAGGUACAGACAGGGCUGGCUAGGACUGGCCGGAGACUGGCGGUUGACCAUGAAAGCGUCAGGCCUGAUAUUGUUAUGCUAGGCAAGGCUUUGUCAGGAGGAGCUUAUCCAGUUUCUGCAGUGCUGUGUGAUGAUGAGGUCAUGUUGACUAUUAAGCCAGGUGAACAUGGCUCUACUUACGGAGGAAAUCCAUUGGCAUGCCGGGUAGCUAUUGCAGCUCUUGAGGUUCUUGAAAAAGAAAAGCUGGCUGAAAAUUCAGAAAAGAUGGGAAAAGUCCUUCGAUCAGAGUUGACGAAACUGCCCAGCGACAUUGUAAUGGCUGUUCGAGGGAAAGGAUUGCUGAACGCCAUAGUCAUCAAAGAAACCAAAGGCUACGAUGCCUGGAAGGUAUGCCUGCGCUUGCGUGAUAAUGGGCUCCUGGCAAAGCCCACUCACGGGGACAUCAUUAGACUAGCACCGCCUCUUGUGAUCAAGGAGGAUCAAGUGCGAGAGUGUGCUGAAAUCAUUCAGAAGACAAUCUUGUCCUUUUAGACUUUACCUGCUUAUAGGUCACUUAUUUUUGUCUUGGAAUUUUUUUGGUUGCUGUAGUUGUAUUAUUUAAAAGCCUCCCCAAAACCAGUUUAUUUAAAUAUUGUGUGAUUUAUAUGUGUAUGAUCUCUCAAAAUCCUUACCAACAAACUCAACAAUGUACACAAGCCGUUGCAAGCAAAAACAAAAUAAGCUAUAUAUAUAUAUAUAUAUAUAUAUAUAAUAUAUAUAUAUAUAUAUAUAUAUAUAUAUAUAUAUAUAUAUAUAUAUAUAUAUAUAUAUAUAUAUAUAUAUAUAAAUAUAUAUAUAAAAUAAAUAGUAAUUUGAGCACGUUCAUGUGUUCGUCUUUCCUGGUAAUGUUUGACCCCUAUAAACAUGUAAUACAUCAAUAUAUAUGCAAAGCCUUUGAAAUGUUAUUUGAAGGAUAUAUGAUAUUUAAGGCAUCACUGCACAGCCAUUGAGUGUUUUAGGGAUUCUGAUUUUUACUGUUUACAGGUUAAUAUAUAUGCACAACAGUAAUGAAGAUAUUUUAGAUUAACUAAAGUUUUUUUGCCGCUGGUCACGGGUGAAAUUGGGUUGAACCCUAAUUUGUCAUUUGGGGAUUUAUCAGGUAAAUGCUUAAGAUCAGAAAUCCUAGAUACGCAAUGGCCUUUUGGUGAUGUCAAAAGCCAUUGGGGAGCUGAACGCCACGGUUUUCUUAUUUAUUUUUGAGAAACUUGAAAGAUAUUGCAAAUCCAAAUCGGCAAAGGUGUGAUUUUGACACGCUAUUUCUUUUAAAGAUAAACGUUAUUUAAAUAUAUGGCUAGUUUGAGCACACGUUGACUACGUAAGGAAAUGUUUUAUUGGCAUUUCAAACCUUUUAAUGUAGUUUUUUGAUUAGUGAUAUUCAAGAGAAUGGCUAUAUUUCUUGGAGAUGUGUGUUCAAUGAGAGUGAAUGCAACAAACUGAUAUUUAUUUGUGAUUCUGGAUUUUGAACCUUUUCUUUAAGGAAUUAUUCGAAGUAGCCCAAGUUUCAUAAAUAAUGCCUGUUGCUGCUGUAAAAUGUAGUACUGUUAACAUCUGUCUUGCUGAGUGGUUAACAUCUGUAUUCAGCUUUGUAUAAGGCUAGUUCUGGUGUGCUUUAUUUAUUACAUUUCUUUCUAUGUGUAUUUUGCAGAAUUUAACAGUUCAAAAUUGCUAAAGAAUUAAUGUUAAAUUAAAGAGUGUUAUAUUCUCUGAAUAAA